AUGAUUUCAAGAUUUGCCAAAUCUCUAAUACUGGUUGUGUUCGCCAUGGUUCUAUUAGCGAUGGUCGCCCUCAUGCACCCACCGUCGCGGUCAUACAUCGACCCGUGGACGGGUCAACUGUUCGGUGAAGGAGGAGUCGAGAAGAUGCUACAUGCAGCAGCAGGCACCAAGCCGCCAGUGAGAAACGGAGGGAAGGGCGACGUUAUUAUGGGACGACUGGGAAACGAGACUGCGAAGGCAACUCUCGGGCGCGCAACUUGGAAACUUUUACAUACCAUGACAUUACGAUACCCUGAGAAACCCACGGAAGACGAGAGAGAAGCACUCAGCUCUUACUUCCACCUCAGUUCACGACUAUAUCCUUGCGGCGAAUGCGCCGCAGAAUUCCAGCUGCUAUUGAAGAAAUACCCACCACAGACCUCAUCUCGACGCGCUGCUUCAUUAUGGUUAUGCGCCGUUCAUAACGAAGUCAACAAGCGGCUGAAGAAAUCCGAGUUCGAUUGUGCGCACCUCAGCGAUGAAUAUGACUGUGGCUGUGGAGAUGAACCUAUUGCAACCAAGAAAGCAGACAACGAAUCCAGCAUCGACGAUCCAAUGGAUCUGGAAGAGGAUACCAGCAAAGACGACUUGACGGGAGUGGGCAUGAUUAAAGGAGGCCGUUAA